UCGUACACGCUCCAGGAGCUACUGCCGCCCUCAAGAAAGGGGAAGUCUGUACGAUCAGGUACUACAAUGGCGACUUCCGCACAACUUACCGCUGCUGAGCUGCAGAAGCAGAAGGAUGAGUUAGCGGCGAGGCAAGCAGAUCUUGACGCCCAGAUCAAGGCAGCUCAAGAUGAGGAGUUGCGGGAGAAGAACAUCGCUGAAUCUAAAAAGAUUGUGGAGGACAUCAGCGCAAAUGUUGGCGAGAGGUUGUCAGCGUUCACUGUUCUCCAUGCUGCGGACAUGGACAGGAUAGAGAGGUCGACAGACUCCAUGUCCAAGCACUUGAUGCAGCAUCUUGGAGCACUUGCGGAUUCAAUGAAGGUCAUACAAGACUCAAUGAGGACGCUGUAGACUUCUCGCUCGCCGCAACAAACUUCGGCAGGGCCUUCCUCUCCGCCUGCAGGAGGAAAUCAGCAAGCCCAUCAACAAAGGGCAAUCUCCAGA